CUGAUGUAGGGAUGCUUUUGUGCCUCAGCUAGUGGCUCCUCUGGUGGAGAAUUAAAACUCAACUGUGACUUCAGUCCUUCCUCAAAGGAGUAUUCUGUGUCCAAGAUUAUUUUCUCCCUGCUUUUCUAGUGGAAAUGUUUUUACUCAGACUCUCCUAAAUGUGUAUUUUAUUUUGAGGCAAUUGCAUAUAUCCUGUAAAUCAUCCUGUUUAGGACAUGGUCAGGGGAUGCCUUAGGUCUGCAGAGUCAGGGCAGACAGCCUGAUUGCAAGCCUGCCCAUAGUCUAGUUCUCUUUGUGAAGAUGGGACUUACUGACAGUAUGGAAAAUAUCUCCAGCUCCAGGUGAACAAAGUGUGGUCUGGGUAAGAUUUUUGCUUAAAAGUAACAGGCACAGAGUCAUCUGGAAAAUACACAGGAUGGGAAAACAGCAUCAGGUGGCCUAAUCAGUAAUACCAUUUGCCCCUCUCCCUUCUAACCCUGUACCCCAAAGUAUUACUCAGCAGUCCUGGUGGCUUCUAGAAGCGCUGAGUCAUGCUUGGCUCAGUUAUCUGCUCCUUCAAGCAUCUCUAUAGACCCCACAGUGGCCUGCUCCACCCUUGGUCUGGGUGUGUACACCUGCUGGGUGACUGUGGUCUCUGAUAGGUUUCAGAGGGGUGAGGGACACUUCUAACCUGAGAACCUUUUGCAUGCUACUUUGACCUAGUCAGUGUGGAUGCAAAAUGGGGGGUGGGGAGGCAGGAUGAUUGGGCCUACUGGUAUUUUGGUUAAUUUAGGUCUUCUUUUCUAGGAAGAACUCACCCCUGACAGAUAUUUAGCAAACUGCAUAAUGCUUCUGUAUUACAUGUUCUGUAACAGUGUGGCCUGUUGUGAAUGAAUUCCUAUGUCCUGUAGACCAGACAUGUUCCUGAAUGGUCAGUGCAUGGCAAUGAUUACAGAUACCUCCAAGAUUUUGCUCAGGGCAGCCUCUGUUCUGAGUGCUGUAUGUGUUUGACUAGCUUUCUCUGCUCAGUUGGGUGUCCUUUCUCAGAUGAGGACCUGUGACCCAGACCACAUAACAGGCCAACGCUGACCCAUCAGUGAUAAACUGUCUACAUAACUUGUCCCGGCGCAUUGCCACUGUCCUGCAGCAUGAGGAGCGCCGCUGCCAGUACCUCACUCGAGAGGCCAAGCUGAUCCUAGCACUUCAGGAUGAGGUAUCUGCUAUGGCUGACGCAAAUGAAGGUCCUCAGUCCCCGUUCCACCACAUUCUGCCCAAGUGUAAGCUGGCUAGGGACCUCAAAGAAGCUUACGACAGCCUCUGCACAUCUGGUGUGGUGCGGCUUCACAUUAACAGCUGGCUGGAAGUGAGCUUCUGUCUGCCCCACAAGAUCCACUAUGCAGCCUCAAGUCUGAUCCCUCCCGAGGCUAUUGAGCGGAGCCUGAAAGCCAUCCGCCCGUACCAUGCCUUGCUGCUACUCAGUGAUGAGAAGUCUCUGCUGGGUGAGCUUCCCAUUGACUGCUCUCCGGCUCUGGUGCGGGUCAUCAAGACCACAUCUGCUGUGAAGAACCUGCAGCAGCUAGCCCAGGACGCUGAUCUGGCCUUGCUGCAGGUCUUCCAGCUCGCAGCUCACCUGGUUUACUGGGGCAAGGCGGUUAUCAUCUACCCAUUGUGUGAGAACAACGUCUAUGUCCUGUCUCCCAAUGCCAGUGUAUGCCUGUACUCCCCACUGGCUGAGCAGUUCUCCCGCCAGUUUCCGUCCCAUGACCUGCCAUCCAUCCUGGCUAAGUUUUCCUUGCCUGUUUCUUUGUCGGAGUUCAGGAGCCCUCUGGCUCCCCCUGCACAGGAGACCCAGCUCAUCCAGAUGGUGGUGUGGAUGCUGCAGCGCCGGCUCCUCAUCCAGCUGCACACCUACGUUUGUCUGAUGGCCUCACCCAGUGAAGAGGAGCCCCGACUGCGAGAGGAUGAUGUCCCCUUCACUGCCCGAGUUGGUGGCCGCAGCCUCAGCACGCCCAAUGCCCUAAGCUUCGGCUCCCCAACCAGCAGUGAUGACAUGACCCUUACCAGCCCCAGUAUGGACAACUCCAGUGCAGAGCUGCUCCCCAGUGGGGACUCGCCACUGAACAAGAGGAUGACAGAGAACCUGCUGGCUAGCCUCUCAGAGCAUGAGCGGGCUGCCAUCCUCAACGUGCCUGCGGCCCAAAACCCCGAGGACCUCCGCAUGUUUGCCAGGCUCCUUCACUACUUCCGUGGCCGUCACCAUCUGGAGGAGAUCAUGUACAAUGAGAACACACGGCGUUCCCAGCUGCUCACGCUCUUUGACAAGUUCCGCAGUGUGCUGGUGGUGACCACCCAUGAGGACCCUGUCAUUGCUGUCUUCCAAGCACUGCUCACAUGAGCCCAGGCAGCAUGCCCGGUGGGAAUGGGAACUAGCCUACUCCCUGCCCAGGGCUCCUGACUGGCCUUAGGAGGAUGGGCAGCUCUCGUCUGGCAGAACCGGUUCUUGUUCCAGCUGUCCAUCUGGUCAGAUGUAGCUAUGGGGCAACCACUGCUGGACUCUUCUUUUUUUUUUUUUUUUUGAGACAAAGUUUUGUGUAGCCUAGGCCUCACAUGUGCUAGGUGGCCAAGGAUGACUUUGAACUCCUGAUCUUCUUGCCUCUGUCCCCAUAUGCUAGGAUUACAGGCAUGUGCCACGAAUGUUACUUUCAAAAAUAUGUUUAUUUAUUUUUAUUUAUGGUUUUGUAUGUGUGGGUCCCCAGAGGUCAGAAGAAAGCAUACCCUGGAGCUAGAGUUACAGAGGUUGUGAGGCCUGGGUGUGGAGCUGAGAACGGAACUCUAGAAGAGCGGGAAGCUUUUAACCAUUGCCACCUCUCCAGUCUGGUCCUUACAGCAUCUUAACAUUGCUGAAGCCGGGCGGUGGUGGCGCACGCCUUUAAUCCCAGCACUCGGGAGGCAGAGGCAGGCGGAUCUCUGUGAGUUCGAGGCCAGCCUGGUCUAC